UAUUUAUUUACGGUGGGAAUGGGAAUGAAUAUCCUAAUAUUGGGGUAAAAGUAUUGAAAAUUGGGUACUUUAAUUUUAUUAACUAUUUAUUAACUUACUCAAUAAUUUUCUUCUUUGCUUCCAUUUUUCUAUUCGAAAUGGAAAUAAUUAAAGCAGAAGUAGUGCAUAUAGACAUUAAUAAGUUGUGUAGGACUUGUUUAAAUGAAAGCAAUGAUAUGAGGUCAAUUUUCUUACCAGAGAGUUCUACAGGGGGUAAUGAUAUCCUGAUUGCUGAUAUGCUUAUGAAUUUUACUAAGAUUCAGAUAUCAAAUGAAGAUGGUCUUCCAGUUUAUGUAUGUCUUCAAUGUGCUAUGCAAAUUGGUCGUGCUUAUUAUUUCAAACAACUCUGCGAGCAGUCUGACGCGAGCAUUCGGCAGUACCUCGGAAAACCGCUAAAUAAUACUAAACAAGACACACUUAGUGCAGAUUCACUUCCAGAGCAAAAUAGUGAUUUUAGUCAAUGUUUUCUUGAUGUUAGUAUUGACUCCAGUACGUCUGACAGUGAGGAAGACGAAUUCAGGCAAAUAGAUACUUUACCUGCAGCGAAGGUACCACAAGAUCCAACGAGUGAAAAAAUAAUGGCUCAGCAACAACUUUUAAAACUUGCUAGAAGUCAGAAGUCGAAAAAUCGAAAAAAGAAGAAUAAAAGAGAUAUAGAAGAUGCCGUUCCUAAAAAACGCGUCAUAGGCGUCUGCAACGUGUGCAAAAAAAAAUUUAGAGACAUGAAAUUUUUACGAAAACAUUUACGCUCCCAUAUUGAGGAUCGUCCGUUUAAAUGCGAUCAAUGCAGCCGAGCGUUUACUGAAGAAAACUAUUUAAAUAAUCAUUUGAGGAGCCACCUGCCUGAAGAACAAAAGCCACACCAAUGUAGCAUUUGUAAAAAAAGAUUUUUCCAUCCGUCGAUGCUUCAAAAACAUAUUUUAAGGCAUAAUAAUGAGCGUCCGUACGUAUGCCAAAUCUGCAACAAGGGGUGCUUUGCAGAAAACAGUUUAGUGAAACAUAUGAAAAUUCACGAAAAGAAAAAAGGAGAUCCAAGACUACUAAAACACAUCUGCGACUACUGCAAGACAGAAUUUCCCUCCGCCGAAUUAUUAUCAGUUCAUAUAAAACAACAUACUGGAGACAAACCGUAUGUGUGCAAUAUAUGCGGAAAAUGUUUCCCACAGAGAUUUAAUUUGGAGUUACAUGUGAGGACACACACAGGCGAACGUCCUUUUACUUGUGAGGUGUGUAAAAAAGGAUACGUCUCAAAAGCAAGUCUAAAAAUUCACAUGCGAACCCAUACCAAUGAAAGACCGUUUGCCUGUGAUUUUUGUGGAAAGGCUUUUCGGCAGAGCGGGGAUUUGACUAGUCACAAGCGCUUACACGGCACUGAUAAACCUAUUGAGUGUGAUGUUUGCCAAAAAAGGUUUACCACUGUAAUGAAGUUGAAAUAUCACAUGCGAAACCAUACAGGUGAACGUCCAUAUGUUUGUACAGUAUGCAACCGCGGGUUUACGGUCAACACCAUCUUAAUAAGGCACAUGCGAGUUCACAGUGGCGAACGUCCUUAUGUGUGUUUCACGUGUGGAAAAGCUUUUUCGCAGACAAGUACCCUUAACAAUCACAUGAAGGUACAUGCAAACAACCUGGACAAAGGCGAUCAUGGAAAGUGUCUGAUUAAGUAUCCAGCGGAUGAAAAGUAUGUUCAUCAUCCGAUUCCGCACAAUCAUAUUACUUCACAGCCACCAACACAGCAGCAAAUUUCGCAGUCUCAGCAACCAAUUAUUAUGGAUACACAGGGUACCAGAAUCCCGAUACAAAAUUCGGAUGCCCGUAUGAUUAGAGACGAACCACUUCGCCUUCUUCAGGUAGACGCUAUUGCUCACGAUACCACGAGACUUCUGGCCGAUACUGCGCACCUUUUAGCUGACAAUCGGACCAUUUUGACAACUGAAGAAUCUCGAAUAAUGGUUGGAGAUCCCACGAUGCUGGUUAACGUAGUAGAACCAACCAGAUUGUUGGUGCAAGAUAACGCUGGACGCAACCUGAGUAACGAGAAACCGUUUGGUGGCUAUAGAUAAUAGAAUCUUAACAAGUAAUGUAAAUGAUAAUAGACACUUAUCGAUGGCCGAAGGUGCCAGAAUUUUGACUGAUAAAUAUGUAGCAUAUGGGUCCUACCAUAGAGGACAUUUGUGAUUUUAAGCAGUAUUAGAUUCUUUUGUACUUAAUUUAAGCUUAUCGUCUUUGUAUUUCUAUUAGUUUAUUUAGUUUGUAUUUUUUGGUAUAAUUUAAGGUUUAGUAGUAAAGAUCUACUUAAAUAAUGUAAAAUGCAGGUGCAAGUAAACUUUUUUUUAAAUAUAUAUUUUUUUUAUCGUCGCUCAUUUUUUUAACAAAUUUAGUAUUAAAUGAAAAUACAUUUAGAGUCAAAUCCUGCAAUAGGAGGUAUCGCUAGAGGGAGGUGAACUCAAAAAUAAAUAGAUAAAACGUAAAUAUAAUUAAAAGUGUA